AUGGUCGCUCCGAACAAGACUUUGAGAGAGUUUGGUGUUCCUCCUCCAUAUCAAGAAGCAAGUGGGAUUGCUACUCCCGCUAUUGAAGCAAACAAUUUUGAGAUAAGGCCCGCCCUUAUCACCUUGAUUGAGGGUCAUCAAUUCUCCGGGGCAAAGCAUGAAGAUCCCAUUGCACAUCUCAAGCAAUUCACACGGUAUUGUAGCACCGUGAAGGCAAAUGGGGUGUCUCCGGAGUACAUUCUCUUAAGUAUGUUCAAAUUCUCUUUAACGGGCAAGGCAAGUGAUUGGCUUGAUAGGUUGCCUCCGAACUCAUUGAACACAUGGAAUGAGGUGACUUCGGCAUUCCUCGGGAGGUUCAUUCCUCUUGGGAAAACGGUGGAGUUGAGGUCCAAGAUUUCGAACUUUCAACAAGAGCCCGAUGAGUCUCUUUAUGAUGCUUGGGAGAGAUUCAAGAGCUACCAACAAAAAUGCCCCCACCAUGGCAUGGAAGAUUGGCUCUUGCUCCAUGGGUUUUAUAGAGAACUCUUGAGAUCGGACCGCAUACUCUUGGAUGGAGCAUCGGGAGGACCUAUCAUGAACAAGCCACCCAUGGAGGCACUAAAGAUCAUUGAGGAUGUAGUUCAAAACUACACCGAUUGGAUCCCCGAUGAGAGGAGCACUUCCAAGAAAGGAGGAAAGUACGAGGUAAAUGCUAUAAACAUGAUUAACUCAAAAUUAGAUGCUUUAUCUUCUAAGUUUGAUCAAUUGCAAUCCUCUUCUCUAUCCCCUUCCCCACGUCAAAAUUCACAUGCAUCUAGUUCAUUAAAUGAAAACAUGUCAAUACAAAUGAUGUCUUGUGAUACUUGUGGAAGUGAUGAUCAUGUGACUUCGGAAUACUAUUUGUCAAAUGAUUCAUGUUUCCCUUCCCCUUCCAUGGAACAAGUAAAUGCAAUUAACAAUGGUCAAACCAAUCCUAGGUAUGACCCUUAUUCCAACACCUAUAAUGAGGGAUGGAAACAUCACCCAAACUUUGGUUGGAAAGGGGGCCAAACCCAAGGAAAUGGUCAAGGUCAAUAUAGUGGCCAAAGGAAUGUUCAAAACAAUAAUCAAGGAAAUUAUAGGAACCAAGGUAGUGGUAACUAUGUGUCAAACAACCAAGUAAAUCAACAAAAUGACAAUAGGUAUCACCAAAGAGGUCAAUAUUCGUCCAACAACAAACCACCCGGUUUUAAUGGAGGAAAUAAACCUACCCUUGAUCCUAUCCCUCAACCUCCUCUUCAAAUUCAAGCUCCCCCUCCUAAGUCAAGCCUAGAAAUAACAAUGGAAAAAUUUGUUAAUGCUCAAACUAAGAAAACCAAUGACUUAGAGGAGACUAUCAAGCAAGUGCAAGUCCACAAUAAGAUGCUAGAAACUCAAUUAACUCAACUAAUUAAUGCACUUAAAAGCAACAAUUCUAGCACCUCUUCACCUAGUCAAGAAGAACAUUGUAAGGCAAUCAUGACUAGAUGUGGGACUAGCAUAGAUGAAACUCCACCCAUGAGCUUGCAAAAAGAGAGUGACAAUGAGGAGGUUGGAGAAGAAAAACAAUUUGAGGUGUCUAAGUUAAGAGAGGAUGAGAUAGUUGGCACGAGUGAGUCCACCACGGUGAGCUUAACCGAAAAUUGUAGUGCAAUUAUCAAAAACCACUCUCCCACUAAACUAAAAGAUCCCGGAAGCUUCUCCAUUCCUUGCUCUAUUAAGAACACUUCCUUUGAAAAUGCCCUAUGUGAUUUAGGAGCUAGUGUGAGUUUGAUGCCUUUCUCGGUUUAUGAGAAGCUUGGUAUUGGUGGUUUGGUACCCACUAAUAUCACUCUUCAACUUGCCGAUGGAUCCACCAAAUUCCCUAAGGGUAAGGUAGAGGAUGUCCCUCUCAAGGUUGGUAAUUUCACCAUUCCGGUUGAUUUUAUUGUGCUAGGAAUGAUGGAAGAUGCCCUCACCCCUAUUAUCCUAGGUCGACCUUUCUUAGCAACAGGUGGUGCAAUAAUUGAUGUAAGGGAAGGAAAACUCACAUUAAAAGUGGGUGAUGAUGAAUUUUGUCUUAUUAUUGACCCCAAGAGAGGAUGUCCUUCCUCCAUAAAAGAUUACAUGACCUUAGAUGCUAUUGGUGGUAAUGAUUUGCAUAUGUUGAGAAUGCUUUGUGCUACUCAAGGUUUGGAUAGGUUUGAUGAGGUGAUUGCCAUGCUUGCUUGCCUCAAGACUAUGCUUGAAGAUGGUGAGUCCGACACUCACAAGGAUGAAGAGGGUGACAUAAAAGCUUCCAAGAAGAAGAGGAAGGGAAAAUCAAGGAGAAAAAGGAAGAAGAAGGAUUCAAAGAAAAUUGAUGAAAAUGAAUUUGUUGUAGGUGUUAGUCAAGAAAACAAUUUGGUUUUGCCCAAGAUGGUAAUUUGCAAAAGGAUAUCAGAAAAAGGCAGAUUCGAAAAUUCAAGAUAG